AUGAGUUUUGACCUCCCUUCUGUUAGCGAACUGAAACGCGCGGCCGAGGUUGGCCAGCGCAUCACACCCGAGGAUGUCUCCGUUAUAGCACAAGCGGAGAGCGAGUUGACGGGCAAAGGGCCUGUGAGAGGAGGACCUGCAGUAGAAAACAGGAGAGCCUUCGAUGUUGAUCGCGCUUUAGCAACGGCGCAGAGUCUGGCAAUGCGGCAGAUGAACUUUGACACGAAGUUGGAUGAGAUCUCGAGGAAGCCCCAGAGUCAUAUCACCCAGGAGGAUGCACGAGAGAUCCAAGCUACGGAGGUUUUCAAGGGUCGUGCGUUUAACAAGCCACCUGGCGCGGGCUCCGUCGCCGCUCAAGUUCGCUCUAUUGCCAACCGCAACGAGGCACUGGGCCUUCCACCCAUCAACGCAGGCGUUGCUGCAUAUGUGACUAAGGAUGACGCACGAGAAGCGCAGAGAGCCGAAUCGUUCGUGUACGGAGGCCAGAACCCCUCGGGCGGGAUGGCAGCUCAGAUGCAGGUGAGCGGAAUGGCGGGUUGGGCGUGGGUAAUCAGACUAACAAACUGCUAA